AUGUGUGCUAAAAAAGUUGCUGGUGUCUUAGGUGCUACAGGUUCCGUUGGUCAAAGGUUUAUUUUAUUAUUGGCUAACCAUCCUGAUUUCGAAUUGAAAAGAUUGGGUGCUUCUCCAAGAUCUGCUGGUAAGAAGUACGGUUCUGUUGUCAACUGGAAACAAACUGAUCUAUUGCCUGAAUUUGCACAAGAUUUGAUGGUCACUGAAUGUAAAGCUGAAUACUUCAAAGAUUGUGAUAUUGUGUUUUCUGGGUUAGAUGCCGAUUAUGCAGGUUCUAUUGAAAAAGAAUUUGUGGAAAAUGGGUUACAUGUUAUUUCCAAUGCCAAGAAUUAUAGACGUGAAGAUGAUGUCCCAUUGAUUGUUCCAAUCGUCAAUCCAGAACAUCUAUCCAUCGUUGAAAACCAAAAAAGAAAAAACAACGGUGGGUUUAUUGUUUGUAUUUCCAAUUGUUCUACUGCAGGUUUAGUUUCUCCUUUGAAACCAUUAGUGGAAUCUUUUGGUCCAAUUGAUGCAUUAACCACUACUACUUUACAAGCCAUCUCCGGUGCUGGGUUCUCUCCAGGUGUUCCAGGAAUUGAUAUCUUAGAUAACAUUAUCCCAUUCAUCAGUGGUGAAGAAGAUAAGAUGGAAUGGGAAACCAAGAAAAUCUUGGGUCAAGUCUCUAAGGAUAAUACUCAAAUCGAUUUAUUAUCAGAUGAAGAAAUCAAAGUUUCUGCUCAAUGUAAUAGAGUAGCUGUCUCAGAUGGUCAUACUGAAUGUAUCUCCUUUAGAUUCAAGAACCAACCUGCCCCAAGUGUGGAACAAGUAAAGAAAUGUUUAAGAGAAUACGAGUGUGAUGCUUAUAAAUUGAAAUGUUUCUCAGCUCCAAAACAAACCAUCCAUGUCUUAGAGGCUAAUGACAGACCACAACCAAGAUUAGAUAGAAACAGAGAUGCUGGUUAUGGUGUUUCUGUCGGUAGAAUCAGAGAAGAUCCAGUCUUGGAUUUCAAAAUGGUUGUAUUAUCUCAUAAUACAGUUAUUGGCGCUGCAGGUGCCGGUAUUUUAAUUGCUGAAAUCCUAUUAGCUCAAAAGAUGAUUUAA